CACAAGUCUUCACGAGAUAGUAUUGUUAAUACAACAAGGUUCGUGUGUAAAAUUGUGUUGAGCAAAUCUUGAAUGAUUGGCAUUAAUUGUAGGAGCAACUCUGUGACUUGGGAUAGUAUUGUUGUAGACACGUAAACGAUACGCUAUCACUGAUAAGAUACACACAUACAUGCGAUAUCUGCUCGCUGUGCUGUAAUGGAAUGUCGUUGAUAGUGUAGUGCGAUCCCGAAAAUACUACGUGAUGACAUCACUGACAAAGAGUUCGGCUGAAUAUCAGGGUUACCCCUACAGAAAUCCUAUAGCGACUGAAGUACAGACGAUAGACCAGGAGACAGAAACGAAAUGGACAAACUUACCAAGAAGAAAUAUCACAGAGAGAAUUAGAGAGAAUACUAAUAGGAGCACAAAUUCGAGAACUGUACAAGCAAUUAGACCGAAUUCUUUGAACCUAGCCCAGACAAAUCAAAAUCCAUCCGAGGUAUACAUAGAAUUACCCAUAGCUAGACCAGACGAGCGAAACGAGAGCGCCGGAAACUUAGAAGAUAGUUCAAGGUUUGUAGAAGAAACGAUACUGUACGAUCCGUUCGAAGAUAGGAGAAUAAAUAUCCAGAGACCAGAAAAUCUGAAUUCCCAGCAGAACAACACGCCAGAAUCGCCGCUGUUUCAUCCAGAAGCAAGGCCUGGUGCUGGAGGUUCCAGGUCAGACCUCAGCCAAGUGGUUACUUCGUCGCGACCGCCGAUAAUGUCCAAGGAGACCUUCGUGUAUGGGGCACGAACGCCGGAUGACUUCCCGCUAUCCCCGAUCCCAGUAUCCGAAUUCCCAGAACCACCACCAGCCUACACAGAGGUCUACACACCGCAAGAAUCACAGCCACCAAGAACUGUCGUUAUCGUACCAGAUCAACAGACCCCCGUGGGUAUCGCGAGCAACGACAGGAAACUGUUGUCCUGUGCUCACUGCGGACUAAGAGUGCACACGCUGGCUGUUAGAGAGAAUGGGGUCGUCACUCACAUGCUAGCCAUUUUAUUCUUCUUUAUAUUCGCGCCACUAACCCUUCUGAUCUACUGCACGGAUUUCUGUAAAUACAGGAACCACUACUGCCCGAACUGCAACCAGCUCAUCGGCUACGAAGUACCAAUACUGUGCCAGGACAUGGUCUACAACAAAACUGGGUAGAAAAAUUGGUGUACUGAAAUACUUUGUUGGUAUAUAUUUUCAUUAUUUCCUUUAUAUAAACAAUAUAUCUUUAACUUUUAACCGUAAAAGUUAUUUGUAUGUGAUUUCUAUUGUAAAUUUCGCAUCGUAAUAGUCCUAUUCUCUAUAGGACAUGCCUUUUAACAAUCAAUACAAGAGUAACGUUUGUUAUUAUACAAAAAAAAAUAUAUGGAAUUCAAUGUACGUAGCUACAAAGGAAUUAUAGGCGAUCAGUUUUGCAAAUAUUCAUCUGAAUAUUUUUGCUUCCAAUAAAAUGUGUAUAGCAAUAUAAAAACGGUAAAUAUGAAGGUAGUUAUAAGUAACAAAAAAAAAAUUGUUUUUUUGUGUGUGUAAAGAUUCAUUACCUAAAUUCCAGAAAAGCAUAUUCAAGCCUCGAACUAGUACACCAUUAUCUAAAAUGUUUUUGCAGUAAAAAUAUUUUUUCUAUGUAGCCAUGAAUUUAAACCUGAUACCCUAUACCUUAACUAAUUAAUUGAUGCAAAUUUUGAGUCCAGAGACUUAAAAAAAAAUAUAUAAUGUAUUUUUUUCUGCAAAAUAUAUAUUUUUUAUGACAAUUUUAAAAAAAAUUGAAAUAUUUUUUCUUUAAUUUCAACAUUUAAAUCAUAGCGUAAUUUGUAUAUUUUGACAAAUGAGUCUCGUGAGUGCUUCACUUAUAUGAAUUGUGUUGAUUUUUCAUAAUAAUUUUUAACUCGCAGGCGGGAAAAAUAAAUUAGAAUUAUAUAUA